AUGUCCACUAUGCGCGCAAAAAAAGUCAUCCGCACCUACUCCCGCAGGCGGCAACCCUCGUUAUACGAUGAAGAACCACAGGAGUCGCCCGCGAAGCGCAGACGCGUCGCGUCUACACAUCGGGAAGAUGCGAUUGCGAUUGGAGAUGGGAGGGAUGCAGAAUUAGUACCGCAAUCAUUGGACAGCUCUUCAGCACGCGAUAGCUCCGCGCUGCCGUCCAGUCCCAAAGACGCGGCAGCCUUGUUCUCUGACGAUGCGCCCCGGUCCACUCCACCAUCCUCUCCAACACGGCAGAGGUCGACACCGCCAUUGUGCAAGCGGAGACCAGUGUUCUCCUUCGUGAAGCGGCAAACGAAACCACCAGCGCUCGCGAAAGAGCCACUGUCGGAGAAAAGCAUCAACGUGAACACACCCCAGCGGGCCGCAAAGAAGCAGAAGAAGUUGGUGCAGAUGCAGCUCGAUCUGGUCGCGGAGCCGAACAAAACAUGCAAGCUCUGCGGCAUGGAAUACGUCCCGUCACUCGCUGAAGACGCCGCACUGCAUCGCAAGUUCCAUGCCAUGAACAUGGGAGGCGUCGACAUUAGCAAAGCCAUGUCUGAGCGGCUCCGGCAGAAUCAGGUCUGGUCUGGUGGGGAAAGAAGCUUCGUCGCGGUCGUCAGCCGCAGAGACGCACUCGCCCUGCGCAAUAAGGCGAGGGGAGUAUUGGAAGUCGUCAAUACCGAACUAGGAGCCGUACCAAUUCCGGACGAGGCUCUGUGGAGCCAGAUACGCAAGUCACUAACUUCGACAACGCUAGCGACCGAAGAGGCGCAGCAGGCAAAAAAGGAACACUCGGAUCAUUCUGUCAGCGAUCGAUACAAGGUGUAUCUAUACGUGCAGGGCUCAAAGUGCGUGGGAGCGUGCUUGGCGGAGCGGAUUCAGGAGGCGUUCCCUGUGGAGGGUGACGCGGCAGCGGAAACGCCCGGUCAACUCCCUGCGGAUACCAAUAGCUCGUCAAUUUGUGUCAGCGAGGCGCGAAAACCUGCCAUACUGGGUAUUUCGAGGAUAUGGACGUCAAACUCGCACCGAAAGCACGGCGUCGCAACGAUCCUGCUGAACUUGGCGAGAGCGAAUUUCCUGUACGGCAUGACAAUUAGCAAGGAAGAGGUGGCCUUCAGUCAACCCACAGAGAGCGGAGGAAAGCUGGCUAGGAAGUGUGAAAGAACGGGGAGUAAUGCUUGUACAGUGCUCGAAGCCUCGCCGGCACCUGCGAAGACAAAGAAAACCGUCCGUAUAGAAUCGCCCACCGAGACAAGUCCCCCGCAUCCGGACUUCGGCCAUGUAGACAACGAAAUAACAUACCCAACGGCUCGCGGUCGUGCCAGGUCGCCGCCGCGCGACUCAUCAGCUGCGUUCGCAGAUGAACUCGAAGAUCGACAGCCUCAAGAUCCCACCGGCCGAGACGUGGAUGGGCGCGGAAUGUUGGGCAGUGCGUGGAAGAGCCCCGCAGCUCCUCAAUCUGCGACAUCACCCAGCGGUGUACCUGCGAAUCCCUUCUCGCGCACCCUGGCUACCAUCGAGCCGCAGGAGAAGGGCGGGGACGUGGCGGGGCAGCCAAAAGAACGGACUGCUACCGAUCAAAUCGCGCCCGGACCCAAGCGACAGUCGCUGAACGUCGAAGGCUUCAAGAAUUUGCUGAUGCAAGGCAUAAUCACCAGUCCGCGCAAUUCCGCGCCUCCGCCCGUCGCUCCUGCCUCCAACCCGCUCAGCCCUGCCGUCUUCGAGAGUAGCAGCAGCACCGACACCUCUUCAAUAUCACGGCAAUCAAUAUUCGAUACAGCACAAGAACCGCAUCCCGAGUCACCGCGAACAUCUUACGAUAUGGCAGCUUCAGACGACGAACACGCCGGUCUGGUGCAAGGGGAAGCGCCCAAGAAAGAGAAGAAGAAGCCGCCGCCAGCACCAAGACAUCGCCACGGGAAGCUCGUAAAAGAGCGGACGCCGCAGACAGUUCCCUUUGACGACUUUACCGUCGCAGAGGUGACGCCAGACGUGAAGACGCACAAGAGAACCAACUCGGACCUGAACAAGCCGCUUCCUCCCACGCCUCCCAUCCCGACAUCAGCACCACCGCACAUCAUUUCACAAGACGCCUCUUAUAGCACUGUAUCACUAGCAGACACGAGAGACAGCGAAACGGCGAGUAUAUCAGAAGCAGCACCUUCCCGACCACAGAAGAAAGUCCCCCCGCCAGUUCCGUUGGCAAGACGUCAAAGCCAGCUGCGCAGCUCCACCACAGGCAACCGAUCCCGCAGCAACUCCUCCCUUACUAUGUCAUCCCAGCACUCGACCGACCUCCCACCCAUUGCUUCCGCCCAGGAACUAUCCCCACAAACGUCCGCAACCCAUAAAGCUCCACCACCACCUCCCCCCUCACGCCGCCACGGUAACGCUCUCCCAACAAUAAACACAUCCAGCGCGAACUCCUCCACUACCGAGCUCUCUAUCUCCGCUCGCCCCACGACAUCCUCUCCAAAUCCACCUUCCUCCCGCCGCACGACGCUCACCUCGGAGCCCUCUUCGCCCACAGGAGUUACACGCACGCCCUCCAUGCACUCCGGGCGCACCACCUCCCGCGCCGUAUCGAGCGAAAGCACCAACGCCAACGCCAAUCUCCCACCGCCACCGCCACCCCCUCGACGCCGCCAGUCAGGCCGCUCGAGCCUCGACAUGCAGCGGCCGAGUCUACCACCGGGUAGCUCGCCAGCUGGAUCACGACACACAAGCACAGAGCACAAACGGCUCUCGCGCAGCUCGAUUGACGGGAAGCGGCAGGGCAGCAUCGCGAGCGUGAGUUCCGCGCUGAGCAAGGAGUAUGCGCCCGACGAUCAGGCGCUGUAUUCGCCGCGGGAGGAGGUCGAGGAUCCUUCUGAUGCUCAGGGGCUUGGUGUUGAGGGAUCAAGUGUGGAUGCUCCGGUCGGACGAGGGCAAGGGCGCGAAAAGGAGGGUAGCAAUGCAAGUAAUAUACUGGAUGAUAUGGAGCGAUUUCAGAGAGAGAUUGAUGAGCUGAGGGAGAAGUAUAAGAAGGCGGCCUAG